GAUCUGCCUUUCUCUGGCUCACUGGUUACCUAGCGGGAUGUUCCAAAGCGCAUGCACGACGAGACAGAUCGAGAUCGAAUUAGGGCAAGAUCGAUACAAAGCGUUAGCUCAAAAAGCUCAUCUCCUCCGCAGCCCAGAACCAUCCGACCUAGUACACAGUACACACACAGUGUGACUGUGUGAGGCAGACACGGAGGCGACGAGGCUCUCGCUCGACUAGUCUUGGGAGGGAGGAGUCACGCCCUCGGCACCUCCCCAAAAGCGAAACCAUAUCCGUGUUCCAUGCGGCCGCGCCUAAUCGCCGUCUGCCACGUGCCAUAUCCCGGAUACCCUCUCCAAAACCUCUCCCUCCACAACGCCUCCUCCUCCGCUCCUCCCUAGGCAGCUAGCCUCUCCGCCUCCCUCCCCUUCCGGCCAGCCAGCCAGCUCGCAAUUCCCUGAACCUGCGCCGCCGCGGGGGCAAUGGAGUCCACCGGCGCCGCCAUCUCGGCGCCGUUCGGCUGCCGCGCGUUGCGCUGGGCCGGGCAGCGGCCUCUCCGGCCGGCCGAUGGCAGGAGAAGGCGGGUGGGUCCGGGCCCCGGGCCGGAGAAGUGGAGGAGCUUGAAGGCGAGCUGCGUGGCCACGGAGAAGCCCGACGAGAAGGCGGCGCCGGGGCUAGGGGUGGAGUUUGCCGACGAGGAGGACUACGUCAAGGGCGGCGGCGGUGAGCUGCUCUACGUGCAAAUGCAGGCCACCAAGGCCAUGGAAAGCCAGUCCAAGAUCGCCUCCAAGGGAAGCCCCCUGAGCCCCGAGGAGCACCGGCUGACCUUGCCGCCGAGCCCGCACCAGCCGGUGUCGACCAUCGUGGUUGCCAUCGACCGGGACCGCAACAGCCAACUGGCCAUGAAAUGGGUGGUGGACCACCUCCUCUCCGGCGCCUCCCAUAUCAUUCUCCUCCACGUGGCGGCCCACCCUCCUGCAGCCAACCAUGGAUUUGCCAUGGCUGAGACGACGCAGGACGCGCUGGAGGCUGAGAUGAUGGAGAUCUUUGUCCCCUUCAGAGGAUUCUGCUCUAGGAAUGGGGUGCAAGAAUCGGAGGUGAUACUGGAAGAGGCAGACGUCCCCAAGGCCAUCAUAGACUACAUCAGUGCCAACAAGAUCCAGAGCAUCGCGCUGGGCGCGUCCAACAGGAACGCAUUCACCAAGAAGUGGAAGAACCCCGACGUGCCCUCGAGCCUCAUGAAGGGCGCGCCCGACUACUGCAACAUCUACGUGGUCGCCAAGGGCAAGCCCGUCAACGUCAGGCUCGCCAAGUGCGGCGUGCCGGCCGACGACAGCGACUUCCUCCUCGCCACCUACUCCAGGAGGAGCUCCAGGAGCCAGCUGCCGCCGGUCCUGCCCGACUUUUUGUCCUCCGGCAGGCGCUCCAUCGACAGGCCCGAGCUCACCACGCGCCCGCCGUUCCGCGAGCGCCCCCUGCAGGCGUCCGCGACCAAGCCCCACCUCCUCUCGGCAAGGAUCGACAGCACCACGCUGCGCUCCAACUCCCACGACCCAUCCAGCCUCGACCCCGACUUCGCACAGGCCGUGCAUUUCUCCUCCAUGGACUUUGGCGAGAACGUGGACGCGCUCCCCCUCAGCCCCCGGGAGCCCGGCUCGCCCCUCUCCGCCGCCCAGCGCGAGGUGGAGGCGGAGAUGAGGCGGCUCAAGCUGGAGCUGAAGCAGACCAUGGACAUGUACAACGCAGCAUGCAAGGAGGCCAUCAACGCCAAGCAGAGGGCCAAGGAGAUGCACCUGCUCAAGAUGGAGGAGGCGCGGCGCCUGGAGGAGGCCCGCCAGUCGGAGGAGGCCGCAUUGGCGCUCGCCGAGAUGGAGAAGGUCAAGUGCCGGGCCGCCAUGGAGACUGCCGAGGCCGCGCAGCGUCUGGCCGACCUCGAGGCACAGCGUCGCCGCAACGCCGAGGUGCGCGCGCGCCGGGAGGCCGACGAGAAGGUGCGCGCCCUCGACGCCAUCGCCAACCACGACUUCCGCUACCGCAAGUACACCAUCGACGAGAUCGAGAUCGCCACUGAGGGCUUCUCCGAGAGUCUCAAGAUCGGGGAAGGCGGCUACGGCCCCGUCUACAGCGCCAGCCUCGACCACACUCCGGUCGCCAUCAAGGUGCUCCGCCCGGACGCCCAGCAAGGCCGGAAGCAGUUCCAGCAGGAGGUGGAGGUGCUCAGCUGCAUCCGCCACCCCAACAUGGUCUUGCUCCUCGGUGCCUGCCCGGAGUACGGCUGCCUCGUCUACGAGUACAUGGAGAACGGCAGCCUUGAGGACCGCCUGUACCGCCGCGGCGGCACGCCGACGCUCCCGUGGAGUCAGCGGUUCAGGAUCUCGGCUGAGAUCGCGACGGCUCUGCUGUUCCUUCACCAGACCAAGCCGGAGCCGCUGGUGCACCGAGACCUCAAGCCGGCCAACAUCCUGCUGGACCGCAACUACGUGAGCAAGAUCAGCGACGUCGGGCUGGCGCGCCUCGUGCCACCGGCGGUGGCGGACAGCGUCACGCAGUACCGGCUGACGGCCACGGCGGGCACCUUCUGCUACAUUGACCCGGAGUACCAGCAAACGGGCAAGCUCGGCGUCAAGUCGGACAUCUAUUCUCUGGGCGUGCUGCUGCUGCAGGUGAUCACCGCGCGGCCGCCCAUGGGGCUGACGCAUCACGUCGAGAAGGCCAUCGAGUCCGGAACCUUCGCACAGAUGCUGGACAUCACCGUCAAGGACUGGCCCGUGGAGGACGCGCUGGGGUUCGCCAAGCUCUCGCUCCAGUGCACGGAGAUGCGGCGGAGGGACCGACCGGACCUAGGCACCGUCAUACUGCCGGAGCUCAACCGGCUAAGAAACCUCGGCAUCGCCUAUGACCAAGCGCGCGCCGCCGUCCCUGCUGGCGACAGCAGCUCGCACGGGCAGGAAAGGGUCAGCUCACCGACGGUUGACGCGGGGUUGUGGCGAACGGCGGAAAGCUAGCAUUGGCGCGCGCACACACAGGGUUGUCUGUAUAUUAGCUCCGUUUCAGAUAGAGAGUGAGCUUAAGUAAUUACUACAAGAGGAGAGGGGCAUUAUGAAUGCCCACGUUCUUUUUGAGGUUAAAAAUACUUUACCUUGGUGUAUGUAGUUUCUAGCAUGCUUAACAUUGACAUGUUUGCAGUGCUGGCUCGUAAUUUUGAUUCACAAACUUUGUACAUCCAUCGAUUCAGAAUGUUCUUUUUGGGCCUGUA